CCAAUGGCGGUGCGCGAGAGGGUUGACGGGAGCAACUGGUCUUCCAGUAGCGGGCCGCGGGAGGUGCGCGGGGCGCAUGCGUCCUGAGGAAAGCUAGAAAAAGGGUCUGCUGGCGGGCCGCGUCGGAGACAUGGAGCAAGGUUACGGAGGCUAUGGGGCGUGGAGCGCAGCACCUGCCAACACCCAGGGUACUUAUGGAAGUGGUGUGGCCGGCUGGCAGGGCUAUGACAACUACAACUAUUACAGUGGCCAAAAUGCCACAGUCCCCGCGGGAGCGACCUACAGCUACAGCCCAGCCUCCUGGGAGGCCACCAAAGCCAGUGACGGUGGCCUGGCGGCAGGGGGCCCUGCCAUGCCCCUGCCAUCCUACGGCCCAGAGCCGUGCUCGGACAAUUCCGACUCGCUCAUUGCCAAGAUCAACCAGCGGCUGGACAUGAUGUCCAAGGAAGGAGGAAGGGGCGGGAGCUCCAUCGGUGGGGAGGGCAUGCAGGACCGAGAGAGCUCCUUCCGAUUCCAGACCUUUGAGUCCUACGACUCCAGGCCCUGCCUGCCGGAGCACAGCCGCUACCGUCCCAACUACAGCUACGACUAUGAGCUGGGGACUGACCGCAAUGGCGGUUUUGCUGGGCAGUAUGGUGACUGCCGGGAUGCAGGCCGAGAGCAGGGCUCCCUCGAUGGCUUCGUGCGCGGCCGGGGCCAGGGCCAGGGCCAGGGCCAGGGUCAGGGUCAGGGCCAGGGCCAGGGCCAGGGCCGCUUCCAGGAUCGCUUCCAAGACCGGAGCAGCUCCAGCAGCAGCAGCUUCCUGCGCAGUGACCCCUUCAUGCCGCCCUCGGCCUCCUCCGAGCCCCUCCCUCCAUCCUGGAGUGAACUGAACUACUCGGGUGGACGCGGCCUGGGAGGCCCUUCUCCCAGCAGGCCCCCUUCUUCCCUCUUCUCCCAGUCCAUGACCCCCAAUUACAACAUGAUGGGCAUGCAGGGGGUGGGCGGUUAUGACAACACCCUGCCUUAUGGGUGUGGCCGGCCUCGGGCUCGGAUGCAGGAUCGGCCCAGGAGGAGAGGGUUCGAGCGCUUUGGACCAGAAAGCAUGGGCAGGAAGCGGAAGCCAUUUUUCAUGUAUGAGGAGCCAGAUGCCAAACUGUCCCGUGCUGACAGCGAAGGAGAUUUUUCUGAAAAUGAUGAUGGAGCUGGUGACUUCCGGUCAGGAGAUGAAGACUUCAGGGGUGAGGACGAGCUCUGUGACCCCGCGAAGCAGAGAGGAGACAAGGACGACGACGAGGACGAUGGGAAGAAGAGGCGGGAAAAGCAACGGAGAAGAGACAGGACACGGGACCGAGCGGUGGACAGGAUUCAGUUUGCCUGUUCUGUGUGCAAGUUCCGUAGCUUUGAAAAUGAAGAAAUCCAGAGCCAUCUGCAGAGCAGAUUUCAUAAAGACACAUUGCGGUUUAUAAGCACCAAACUGCCUGACAAGACCGUAGAGUUUCUCCAGGAAUACAUCAUAAACAGGAACAAGAAGAUUGAAAAGCGGCGCCAGGAGCUAAUGGAGAAGGAAAGUCCCAAGCCCAAACCAGAUCCAUUCCGAGGGAUUGGCCAGGAACACUUCUUCAAGAAGAUCGAAGCCGCACACUGCCUGGCCUGUGACAUGCUCAUUCCCGCACAGCACCAGCUUCUCCAGCGGCACCUGCACUCUGCCGACCACAACCACAACCGCAGGAUGGCUGCUGAGCAGUUCAAGAAAACAAGUCUCCACGUGGCCAAGAGUGUUUUGAACAACAGACAUAUUGUGAAGAUGCUGGAGAAAUACCUCAAGGGAGAAGACCCUUUCACCAGCGAAACCACUGAUCCCGAAAUGGAAGAAGACAACACAGGAGGGGAGCAGAAGGAAGAGACCCCUGAAGGGGUGGCUGCGGCCGUGCUGGCGGAGGUGAUCACGGCAGCGGUGAGGGCUGUGGAUGGUGAAGAAGAGCCAGCGCCAGAGGCCACAGAGGUUCUGGCCCAGGGGGAAGACCCCACGGACACGCCUGAGGCCACCAGCCAGCCCCACGCUGAGCAGCCACUGGAAGAACACGACUCCUGUGGAACAGCCUCUGAGAAGGGGAACGCUGAAGACCAGGCUGGAUGCGAGCCACCUGAGGCUGCAAGUGAGGAGGCGGCAGCAGUGGCUGAGACACAAAGCGCCACAACUGUUGUUGCUCCUGUGUCCGCUGCCGCAGAAGCCGGAGAGGGGCAAACUGAUGCCCCCGAGUCCACAGAUGCCACAGCAUGACCUCCGGGUGCUGCCAGGGAGCUGGUGGAGCAGGCGGUCCCCUUUCCUUGUUCUUAGGCAGUGGGGCGUGUAUUACUGGAACAUGCUGUACUGGUUUUGGUGGUGAUCCAGCUAUUUCCCUUCUGGACAGUACCUCCCCACCCGCGCGGGGCUGCCGGCCUCUGAGGUGGCCUUUGACAUUUCCCCAGCCUUGAGUGGACUUUUAACACUGCACUUAGAAUAAUAAAAUUUUGGUAAUUAGAUCAUGA